AUGUCUCUCUCUGCUACUAUUAAGACCCCUUUGGUCACCUACGAACAGCCUCUUGGCUUGUUCAUCAACAAUGAGUUCGUCAAGGGUGUCGAGGGUAAGACCUUCGAGACCAUCAAUCCCACUGAUGAGAAGCCCAUUAUCUCCGUUCACGAGGGUACGGAGAAGGAUAUCGAUAUUGCCGUCAAGGCUGCCCGCGCAGCUUUCGAGGGUGCUUGGCACGAUGUGAUCCCCUCCGAGCGUAGCCGCCUGCUCAUCAAGCUGGCCGAGCUCUUCGAGCGUGACCUUGACAUCCUGGCUGCUAUUGAGGUUCUUGACAACGGUAAGGCCAUCACCAUGGCCAAGUCUGAUGUCAAGAACGCUGCCAGCUGUCUCCGUUACUACGGUGGUUGGGCUGAUAAGAUUCACGGUCAGACUAUCGACACCAACAACCAGACUCUCUCUUACACCCGCCACGAGGCCAUUGGUGUCUGCGGUCAGAUCAUCCCCUGGAACUUCCCUAUUCUGAUGUGGUCCUGGAAGAUCGGUCCCGCUAUCGCUGCUGGUAACACUGUUGUCUUGAAGUCUGCUGAGCAGACCCCUCUCUCUGCUCUGUAUGCCGCUAAGCUGAUCGUCGAGGCUGGUUUCCCUCCUGGUGUCGUUAACAUCAUCUCUGGCUUUGGUCGCACUGCCGGUGCUGCUCUCUCUAACCACAUGGAUGUUGAUAAGAUCGCUUUCACCGGUUCUACUCUGGUUGGCCGUACUAUCCUCCAGGCUGCCGCUAAGAGUAACUUGAAGAAGGUUACUCUGGAGCUGGGUGGCAAGUCCCCAAACAUUGUCUUCGACGAUGCUGAUAUCGACAACGCCAUCUCUUGGGCUAACUUUGGUAUCUUCUACAACCACGGUCAGUGCUGCUGUGCCGGUUCCCGUGUUCUGGUCCAGGAGGGUAUCUACGACAAGUUCGUUGCCCGCUUCCAGGAGCGUGCUGCUAAGAACCAGCUUGGCAACCCCUUUGAGGAGUCUACCUUCCAGGGUCCUCAGGUUUCUCAGCUCCAGUUCGACCGUAUUAUGGAGUACAUUGACCACGGCAAGAACGAGGGUGCUACCGUUGCUCUGGGUGGUGAGCGCCACGGUGAUGUCGGUUACUUCAUCAAGCCUACCAUCUUCACUGAUGUUACCCCGGAGAUGAAGAUUUCCCAGGAGGAGAUCUUCGGUCCUGUCAUUGUUGUACAGAAGUUCAAGGAUGAGGCUGAGGCUAUCAAGAUUGGUAACAGCACUGCUUACGGUCUUGCUGCCGGUGUCCACACCAAGAAUGUCAACACUGCUAUCCGCGUUUCCAACGCCCUGAAGGCUGGUACCGUCUGGAUCAACAGCUACAACCUGAUCGCCUACCAGGCUCCCUUCGGUGGUUACAAGACCUCCGGUCUGGGCCGUGAGCUCGGCUCUUACGCUCUGGAGAACUACACCCAGGUUAAGACCGUCCACUACCGUCUCGGCGAUGCUCUCUUCGGUUAA